AUGCCAGAGCCACUACAUUCUCGACAAAACAACUUUCUCCCUUCCGCUGAGCGGUUCAAUCCCACUGAUAACCAGACCUUCGCCCAUCACGUACAAACUUUAUAUAAACUUGAAGCACCAAUUUCCAAUAUAUAUCUUGCUCUAUCAACUGAACGCCCUGUAUCGAACCUUAUAGAAACUUUCAACACCACUGUAGAACAGAUUGACCUUUGGCUUGUACACGCCAAUGCUGCCAUACUUGCACUAGAGCUUGACGUUCAGGAGGGGAUGAACGUUAAAAAUGUGGGUGAAAUGGACAUCUUAAUACACAAAUUCGCACCGAAUGUUGACGACCUGUUGCAAGAACUGCUACAAGCGAUUUCAAAUAGCCUUAAGAACGCUGAUGAUGAGGGGAGGCAAAAAGAAAUUCAGGAUACAUUUGAUAGAAUAAAAGCUGACUGGGUGGAUGUAAAGGCGCUCUUUGGGAGGGUUAAGAAAGAAAUGUCGGAGUCUAAGCAAAGACGCGAAAUUUUGGACACGAUGAAUCAAAUAAUAGCAACAAUAGAAGAAUUAAAUACAAGCAUAUUUGAGUAUCAGGAACAAAGGCUAAGCGGUUUUGGUGAGGGAGUCGGUGAAAAUUCUUUUCCUAAAUUAAGUUCCAGCCCGAAUACGUGGAAUAAAUCGAUUGCUCCUGCUGCACUCAAUAGUUCUCAUAACAGCGAAUUUAGUUCGCGAGCUGAAAGUGCUCUAAGGCAGUUGGACUCUCGAUUAGAACCCUUAGCUGCACGUAUAGAAUACUUGAGAUCUCGAUUAUCUGCUCCCAAUGCACCCUCGGAUCCUAAUGGUGUACUGAAGAAAAAGAAUAAUAUAUUAUCGAGUAAGUGGGAUGCGUUGAGAAAAGAAAUGGAGACGUUGAGGGAGGAACUAAAAGAGGACAGAUGGUUGGGUGUCUUUAAACAAGUAACAGGCAAUGCGAGUAAUAUGAUGGAUUCGCUCGAGAGAGCAGUUAAACAAUGUAAAGACUUUAUGACAAGAGCUCUUAGCCGAUUAGAUUCUCCUUUGGCAUUGAAAUUGCUACAGCAAAAUAGAGGAACACCGACAGCUUCUAGAUAUAACCAAAGACCUUACUCGCAACAACAAUUAUCACAACCUCCAGUAGCUAUUUCCCCAAAAAACUUUCAAAGGCUUUAUAAGAGUUUUGAUGCUAAGCGAAAAUAUUAUGUCCCUGCGGUAACCAAAAUGCUCACGAUGCUUGCAAAUGGUAUCAAUCAACAAAUGACCAGAGAUAUGGAAGCUAUUAAGAAGUACAGAUCCAUGAAGGAACGUUGGGACAAUAUACUGGAUGGGGUGGAAGAAGUGCAACGUGAUAUGCCAGGACUGGAAUCAUUAAUGGAACAUUCUUACAUGUCCAGUAAUUCACCUCCUUCAUCGAUACCCUCGUCGAUAGCAUCUUCACCGCCAAUGUCUCCAAACAUGAGACCAUCAAGGGGAAUGUUUUCCCCAGAAUCCGGUUCUCCAAAAGGACAAAGAUCAUUGUCCCCGUAUGGAAUAAUGCCUCCCAUGGAACAUCACGAAUCAUCCGUGUCCCCAUCACGUAAUAAUGCUAGAUCACCGUCUCUACGAUCAAAGUCCCCAUCCCCUCGAGCGAUGAGUCCAAUGGGCGGACGUAAUCAUUUGGCUCCUAAUAAUCGUCGCGCGGAAAGCCCACCACAUCACUAUGAACGGCAAUGGAACGCACAAUACAAUAAUUCUUUAUAUAAUAGCUCGCAUUAUAACCAGUCAUAUAAUAAUCACAAUAAUCCAUACUAUCGUGAUCGUACCAUAUCGCCUCAGCCAAGAAACGGACGACCCGAUUCACCUGGGAGGUCAUCUUCAAAUCGAUUAAUAUCUCCGGAACGUUCAUCGGCCUCCGCCAUACCGCGACCUGUUACAAGUAUGGGAAUUAUUAAUAGAGCGUCUUCGCGAGCUGGUAUGAGAUCUCUCUUGCCGAAACCAAGUACACCACAGCCAGGUAUGGCAUCCAUGUAUCGUAAUGGAAUGGUAUCUCCUCCACCUGUUGUACGAAGAGUACCGUUAAGAUCCCCCACCCCAUCUUCGCAAACAAGCAGCCCUUCCAGACCGAUCACACCCGAGAACGAGGAUCGUCCCAUUACUCCAUUGUCGCAAACUUUAUCAAAGAUGAAUAAUCGAUCGGUUAAAUAUGUUCCAGUGAAGAGCGAUCCGCUUGACGUCGAGGUCGCAAAAAUUGUUAACGCCUCACCAAUUCAUGUAAAGGUAGAGAGAGCCCCGGGUGGUGGUGGCCGGUACUUCUUUGGUAAUGGGGAACCUGGACGAGAGAGAAAAGUUCACAAUGUCAAACUCACGAGUUAUGGUAAUAAAGUCAUGGUUAGGGUAGGCGGUGGUUGGACAGAUUUAGAUAUGUUCUUAUUGGAUCAUAGUCUGAUGAACAGUGUGAGAAACAUAUAA